AGGAGGCGGGAGGGGCCGGGGAGCUGCCCACUGACGUCUACCCAGAAUGUGGGAGACUGGCAGCGGCAAUACAGCUCAGCACCCGGAGCCUGUGCCACAAAGGACGCGUAUGCAGCAUGGCAUCCAAGUGCCCGAAGUGUGACAAGACCGUGUACUUCGCCGAGAAGGUCACCUCACUGGGAAAGGAUUGGCACAAGUUCUGCCUGAAGUGCGAGCAUUGCAAUAAGACUCUAAAUUCCGGUGGACACGCCGAGCAUGACGGGAAGCCUUACUGUCACAAGCCGUGCUAUGCUUCAUUAUAUGGACCAAAAGGUGUUAAUAUCGGAGGUGCCGGAUCGUACAUCUACAGGAAGCCAAGUGAGGACAAACCAACGUCUCCUACCGAAGUAGCUCCAAAGGUUGAAGAGAAGAAAGUUAGUGCCGCUCCAAAGACCCUCACCAAAGCUUCAAGUAUAACAACUUUUACAGGAGAACCCAACUUGUGUCCUCGCUGUGAGAAGAAAGUGUUUUUCGCAGAGAAAGUGACCUCCCUCGGGAAGGACUGGCAUCGACCUUGCUUGAGGUGUGAACGCUGCUCAAAAACUCUAACUCCGGGUGGCCAUGCUGAGCAUGACGGGCAGCCCUACUGUCACAAGCCUUGCUACGGGAUUCUUUUUGGACCAAAAGGUGUGAACACGGGUGGAGUGGGAAGCUACAUCUACGAUAAAGAACCCGAGAUGAAGGCUCAACCCUAAGGACCACUCGCCCGCCUCCGGCUGCGGGAGACUCCUCCGCGCCACUCGUACCAUUUCUACCCGAUAAGACUAAAGCUGACGCUGGGAACGUGUAGAUAAUAAACCCGUAGAGCAGCUUCAACAAGCAAAGUGCACUCCUUACAAUUGGGUAUUUUGUACUGAACACUAUAGUAACCUACAUAGAGUAUAAAGAGUCUUGUGCUGUAUGAAUAGGGAUCUAUGUGCUACUUAAAGAUUUCUCCUUCUGUUUUGUUCAUCUAUAAGGGAUGUUUAUGGUAUUAUAUGUAAAAACGACAAGUUCUUUGCAAUGUGUCGCAGACAACGGGGUUACUAGUGGGUUAAACGAGUGGGCUGGUUACAGUGCGUGCUACAUAUGUGGCAUCCAUUGCUCACAGCCACUCAAUAGUGCCAAGUAGGAUCACAUGACAUGUCUCGAGAUUCCUUAAAAACUUUCCGCUUCUAAGGCAGUGUUUCCCAAAAAGGGAGCCUCCAGCUGUUGUAAAACUACAACUCCCAGCAUGCCCGGACAGCCUUCAGCUGUCCGGGCAUGCUGGGAGUUGUAGUUUUACAAGAGCUAGAGGCCCCCUGGUUGGGAAACGCUGUUCUGAGUCAUGGACUUUGUCAGUAUUAUUAGGCUGUCACUACCAAAUUUCGGGAAAAUAGCGGAUCCAUCUUUAUCAUCGUCUACAAGUCAUUUAAGGGGUCACUCGAAGAAUAUAACUUAUCACCUGUCCACAGUAGCAUCUGCCAUCUUGAGGCCAGCGAUAUUGUAUCUGCUACAGAGCGCCGCCCACUUUACUGUACCGUGUCAAUGUAAUGUAAGCAGCAAUGCCACACCAACAGAGUAGAAUAUAUAUAUAU